AUGGCGGAGAUUGUUAUUCUUCUAAGGGCUCUUGAAUGGAGUGGAGAUCGUUUCUCAACAAGGCUGAGUGCUAGGAAAUCUUCUAGCUUGACUGAUCAGUUAUACCCAUUCAAUGACUGCACUACUUGUUCCAUGAAAGGGUUAUAUUGUAUAUACGGCAACAAUUGCAUGUGCAAUAUCCAUGCCAAUCAAAUGAAUGAAUCUGAUCAUGUGCUGAUGCACUCUAGUAGUAAUCCUGGAUCGAUGGAGAAGCUGGAAAUGGAGUUAAUUGAACUGCUAAGGUCUCGAAAGGGUGUCCCAAUUUCGAUCGCAUCAUUACCCACGUUUUAUCUAGAAAAGUAUGGUAAGCCCCUUGAAGCUGAAGGAAUGGUCAAACUGGUUGCAACCUUACCAAGCUUCUUAGACACUUUGAUGGGAUUCUUGCCUCAUGGGCAACAUUCAGUUGAGUUGGCUGAACAUGGACCAUCGAAAUACAAUUACUCAGAUAUCCUUAGCCAAAGGAACCAUAGCAGAUCGUGGUCGUGGCUGUCAGCUCGUGGAGAUCAUCAUCAGUCCUCUUCGUCGUCGACGCAGAUUUAUCUUACUUUCCCACCUGAGAGCACCUUCACAGACAGAGAUGUUUACAACUAUUUCAACAAAAUUGGAGAUGUUCAAGAUGUUAGGCUUCCUUAUAACCAAUUGAAGAGGAAAUACGGAUUCGUGGCCUUUGUUUUACCAGAUACGGUUACUAAGAUUUUGUCGAGACAAAAUCAUCAUUUUAUAUGCGGUGCUCGUGUCCUCGUUAAACCAUACCUGGACAAAUCUCAGCUCAUGCACAAGAAGUUAUUGGAGAAAAGUCGGCAGCAAUUUAAUUCAUACUCUCAAUUACUUCAUUCAUUGGCUAUAAUAGAACAGAGGAGAAUGAUGGAAGGACAACAAUAUUCUCUUGCCCAUCAUUUAUACAUUAAUGGCUACAUGAAUUUUGACCAAUAUUGGAAACUCUCAUUUUAUGAAGCUUUGGAAAGACAUGUAAUAUCAAUGAACAUGUCUGGUGGUGGUGGUUCAACUUCAUCAACUUCAAAUGAGGAGCAAAAUAGCAAUAUUGGUCAUUACAAUCUCCCGGAUAGCCCUCGCAAUAUUGGUUUAUAUAACAUGUGGGUGGAUAGCCCGUUUACAUCCCCGAUGAGGAAUGCAAUUCAAUCUUCGUCUAGCUAGAUGGAUGUUGCUGCUGCU